UAUCCUGGUAUGGUAGAUAAUUUGCUUUAAAUAUAUUAAUUAAAUAAAAUUGUACCAUAAAGUGCCUGCCUAUCACCUAGUACCAAAAUAUUUAAACAUAUUAUGUCCAAUAUAUUUUUCCAAUUUGUCUGCAAACUUAUGUUAACACAUCUGAACUAAACUUAUGUUAGCAAUCUGUGUCCCAUAACAAAGCCUAAAAUUUAUUAUUGCAAAUUAAAUAUUAAUAAGUAUGGUCUGAGUUAGAAUUUAAAAGUAUAGAUUUAUCUAUAAAAAAUUCCCCUCAAAAUGUAUUAAAUAUGCUGCUGGAGCUAAGAGUGAAAUUUGAAGGUGUGUCCUAAGAGAAUAAAGGUAGAAAAAUAAGAGUAAUAGAAAUAUUAACAUAGUUAUUAAUAAGGAUUCAUAUUAUAUUUUUUUCGUUAUCAGGGGCUGUAAGACGUAAAACCUUCGCCUUUUCCAAAACUAAAAAAAGUCCUUAUCACUUUGACAAGUGACAACUACCUAUUAAUAUUUAAUCUUCAUACAUAUCUAUUUAUUAAAGUAAACGAUUGUAAUUUGUAUUGUAAGAAUUUGUCAGUCAGAUUUUAUUUUAUAAACGUCCAGUCGUUUUUCAAUCUAUUGUAGAAUAUUUCUUAAGUUUAUAUUAGUGUUCAUUGAGAUAAUUUUUUUUAGUUAAUAAAACUUGGUAUUGCGACUUUACUGUUGCUGACCAAUAAAAUAAAUUUUUUUAAAAGAAAAUGUCUUCUGAAACUCCUAGGGUCUUAUCAAUCCAAAGUCAUGUUGUCCAUGGAUAUGUUGGUAAUAAAAGUGCCGUUUUUCCUCUUCAAAUUUUAGGUUUUGAAGUUGAUGCUAUAAAUUCUGUUCAAUUUUCAACACAUGGGGGAUAUAUACAUAAACAUAAAGGCACAAUAUUGAAAAAUGAAGAGAUGGCAGCACUCAUUGAAGGCUUGAUGUUAAAUAAAGUUGAUUAUUUUACACAUUUUCUAACUGGAUACUCAAUGUCCCCUGAUUCUUUGAAACAAAUUGCCCAAAUCAUUAAAAUGUUACGACAGAAAAAUCCAAACUUGAUUUACGUAUGUGAUCCGGUAAUGGGAGACAAUGGGAAAAUGUAUGUGCCAGAAGCCAUUCUACCAGUUUACCGGGACAUUGUAAUACCUUUAGCCGAUAUAAUAACCCCUAAUCAGUUUGAAGCAGAGCUGCUAACUGGUUUGGAAAUGAAAGAUCUUGAUGGAGCCCUUAAAGUCAUAGACGCACUACAUAGUAAAGGAGCUAAAACUGUCGUUCUCUCUAGUACGAUAUUGGGGGACGAGAACAAUAUGAUUGGGGUUGCCAGUAAUAAAGAGUCCUGUUACCAGAUCGAAAUACCAAAAAUAAACGCAACAUUUACCGGUACCGGGGAUUUGUUUGCGGCCUUGUUCUUAGCGUGGUCUCAUAAAACGAACAAUAACUUGAAAUUGACGCUGGAGAAGACAAUAGCGACGCUCCAACACGUCGUCAAGGAUACUUACGAGAAAGCAAGAGCAUUGCAGCCAACUGGAAAUAUUUCACCAGCAUUGUUGGAAUUGAAAUUAAUCCAAAACAAAGCUACUAUUGAGGAUCCAAAGAUUAUUAUAAACAGCAAAGAAAUCAUAGUUUAAGUAAAAUAUAAUUUUAUAAGAAUAUUGUUAAUUUGUUUUAUAUUAAAUUUUAUUAUUUUUUGAUUUAUUUUUAAUGUAUUAAUCUAGUACAAACAUUCUAUGCUACUUUAUGAUGAAUAAAACUUUAUUCAUAUAACGAGUUAAGUAGGCGGACCAAUAGCUUUAUAAUUGACAACUAUUUAGAAAGAGACAAAGCAACUAUUCGGUCAAUAAUAGAUUUUGUAUAACUUCAUAAAGAUACAAAGUAUGUGAAUUACUAGCGCAAACUCUUGAGUUUAGUGGACACUAGUGUCGAGGUUAAAUUAUGCAAAAAAAAUAUUAUAUAAUUUUAUAGCAUUCUUUUAUGUAACUUUUUUUUUUAUAUAUUCGCCGGGAGGGCAAAUGACUCUACUCCACCUGAUGGUAAGUGGUAGUAGAGUCCAAACGCGACGACUGCCAGUACAGACGGAAAAAACGACAAAGAAAGGAGUUGCCAAAUUUCUUUGUUCGCGAUGGAAUUGAUGUCACAGUUAGGCGGUGACAUCGAGAACCAGCUCG